AUUUUUCUCAAGCUAUGUUGGGGACCCAAACGAGAGGAUGUGAGAUCAAAAUCGAUCUUUUUGGACUACGUGCAUAAUGCUUUGUACUAACACAUGACUGAGCACACCAUCCACAAAGUGAAACAUAGGAGGAGCAGAGUCCUGCAUGUCAGCAGAUGGAGCUGGUCAGUAAAACAGAGGGCUGCCCUGGAAGGAAACCUGUUAGAAACUAAGGAUUGAAUCUCCUCUAUCCAGCAGGAGAGCGACCUCUAAACACAGCCUGAGCUCAGGAGCUCUCCUGCCGUCUCCAUGCAGCAGGUUAUCAGUGUCUGGGUGCGAGACCCGCGGAUACAAAAGAAUGACUUCUGGCAUGCCUACAUGGACUAUGAGAUUUGUUUACACACCAACAGUGUGUUCUUCACCAAGAAGACUUCAAGAGUGAGGAGGAGAUUCAGUGAGUUUGUGUGGCUCAGACAGAAACUCCAAGAAAAUUCUCUCCUACUCUUACAGCUACCACAGCUUCCACCCAAAAACCCCUUCUUCAGUCUGAACAACGCCCAGCAGGUUGCGGAUCGGAUGAAAGGACUCCAGAAGUUUUUGGAAAAAAUCCUCCAGAGCAAUCUGAUGUUAUCCGACAGCUGCCUGCACCUUUUCCUUCAGUCCCAGCUGAGCAUUUCCAAAAUGGAGGCCUGCGUUGCCGGAAAGACCAGCUUCACCGUGGCCCAGGCUGUGCAGAGCUGCGGCCUGAGGAGAUUUCACUCAGAAGAGGACCUGCAGAGGGACCUCGGCGUGUCCUGUGACUCUGACUCAGAUAGCUCAGAGAGCAGAGACCCAAGGCACAAGACAAAGGAGUUGACAUUAAACCAGUCAAGGAGUGCAGCCACCCUUGAUCUGAGGGGAACCUGCCCAGAGGAGAUGCUCAGCUGCUCGAAUGGUUCUGUAUGAAAACUGGAAACGACUGAAUGAAAGUGAAAGCUCGAGUCUGUUUACUUGAUUCAUGUCCAUCUUUCUGGAUGUGAAAUGGCCUUAAGGAAAGCAACUUGUUACCUUUCCCUGCAACCAUUUUCACUUUUGUGUUAAUUUACAUUGUCCUAAUUGAAAAGCCGGUUUCACAAAAUCAGUACCGUAUUUUCCGCACUAUAAGGUGCACCUAAAAACCUUCAAUUUCCUCAAAAGCCGACAGUGCACCUUAUAA